AGUAGUUUCAUUUGUGAAUAGACAUGUUUCAUUCUAUUCAUUUAAAUAUGGAUCAUUUCAUGGUCCUUAAAACUUUUUUGUAUAUCUAAUACUAUUUUGAGAUAUAUUACUAUUAUUACUAUUUUUGUUGAUGAAUGAAAAAUAAUAAUAAUGUCUAUAAAUACCUGAAGUUUGGGAAAAACUUUUGGAAAAUUCAUCAAAAAUGGUUGUAUUGAAUCCCGAGACUGGUCGGGAUCUGUGCAGCUGGUUGGGUCAUGUGAAGCUGUCUCGAAUAGUUGUAAUGGUCCUAGCCAUUCUAAUAUUUACACCUCUCAUCACACAUUUUUACUUGUCCAAAGUAGAAAGAAGUUCCUACCUCAUUGAGCACAGCGCACAUUCGCACCAAGACCUUCCCGAAGAAUUGUACGCUUUCAAAGAGUCUGAUUUAAGAGUAGGCGUAGAAGAAUUACUCAGAAUUAGGGGUUCGGUAUUGAGUGAAUUGCGAGAUAUCGAGAAAAAACGACAACAAUACAAACAAGAAAUCCAGAGUUACCUCAAGAAUAUAGAAGAAUUGAAACAGGAGCUGUCUCACCAACAAACUAAUUUGAACAGAUUGAAAAUCUCUGUGGAACAAGCCCAAGUAGCACAACAAGAGGCUUUACAACAAAACACUCCUGACUUAGCACUGCCCAAGAAGCUCACCGCCGAUACUCAGCCCGCCGUUUUGCCUUCGAUUCCAAGGAACAGAUCGAAAAGAUGUCGAAUGUUCAACUGCUUUGAUCAUUCACGAUGUUCGUUAACUUCAGGUUUCCCAGUGUACCUCUAUGACCCUGAUCAGUUUCCUGUCAUGCACGACGGAUGGGACGUGGAUGGGUUUUUGAAAACCACCCUCAAACAAACUCUAGGCUAUAACCCUCACUUGACUAAUGACCCUAAGGAGGCUUGCAUUUACUUGGUGUUGGUUGGCGAAGCUUUGAAAGACACUGACGAUGUGAGCGAAAACGUGGGAAAUCAUCUGAAUUUGCCCCCUUUGGAUUCUGAUGCUCUCAAAAGGCUGCCAUUUUGGGGAGGGGAUGGCAGAAACCAUGUUUUGCUGAACUUGGCUAGAAGAGAUCUCACUGCCGUUUCGGGAGAUGUUUUUUCCUCAAUUGACACUGGUCGUGCAAUCUUAGUCCAAUCAACAUUCACUCAAGAUCUCUACAGGCCAGGUUUUGAUCUCAUUAUCUCUCCCGUCCUUGGACCGCCAGGCGGUGACGUCUGGCAAGAGUGUGCCCCCAUGCUGCCGUCUCGUAGAAAGUACCUUCUCACUUUCCAGGGGGAAAUGAAGCCUCUUCAAAAAGCUCCCUCACCAAAACCCAAAAUAUUUGAUGAUUUGGAAGAGAGCGGUUCAGAAUUGGACAAGUUUGUGAUUGAUCAUUUGUUACAGCUGUCCAAAAGUGGGACCUCAGACAAAUUCCUGUUUGAGUUCAUAUGUAAUCCUGCAAGUGAUAAUACCAUCAAUACUGGAACUCAAGAUUGGGCUUUAUGUGGAACGGAUAGCAGUCGUAGAGCUGUCCUGAAGGAUUCUACAUUUGUUUUGAUAUUUGCGCCUGGUCAUAUGGAUCUUCUGUCGACUCCUUUGCUCCAAGCUCGGGUUUAUGAAUCACUGAGAUCUGGAGCAAUUCCGGUUGUCUUAGGGGGAGACCAGAUAAAACUCGCCUACGACGAGGUGAUCCAGUGGAGACGUGUCGCCUUGUUUCUACCCAGAACACGUAUAACUGAACUUCACUUUCUCCUGCGUGCCAUCCCCGAUGAAGACGUGCUCCUGCUGCGGCGGCAGGGGCGGCUAGUGUGGGAGCGGUACCUGGCCUCGGUGCAAAGCACUCUGGAUACCAUCGUGGCAGUAUUCAGGGAUCGACUUAAUAUACCGGCGUUGCCCGCCGACACUUUUCUUGCUGUUAGCGUCUUCAACGAUACCUUCCAGCCGAUACAGGUUCCUGUUGCCAGUGACAUUGAACAAGAAGAGAGUCUCGGUCCUAUGGAGCCCCCUUUCGACAGUCCAUCUUUCAGGCGAAACUAUAGCUUAUCGUUGGUGCAGGGCUAUGAAAUUUGGAACGACUGGGGCGAUCCAUUCCACCUGUAUCCUGCACUGCCCAUGGACCCCGUUAUGUCUUCAGAUGCAAAAUUCAUCGGUUCGGGUAGGGGCUUCAGACCCAUCGGUCAAGGACAAGGAGGAGCUGGUAAGGAGUUUUCCGAAGCCCUCGGAGGAAAUUCGCCAAGGGAACAGUUCACCGUUAUUCUGCUGACUUAUGAGAGGGAGCAGGUCUUGCUCGAUUCCAUAGCCCGUUUGAGGGGACUACCUUACCUAAACUCGGUAGUGGUCGUGUGGAACUCUCCGAGACCUCCCAGCGCAGAACUGAGAUGGCCUGAUAUCGGCGCUCCGGUGCAUAUUAUCAAAGCUGCCAGAAAUUCGUUGAACAACAGAUUCUUGCCGCUGGACAAUUUAAAGACUGAAGCGAUUCUGUCGGUGGAUGACGAUGCACAUUUGAGGCACGACGAAAUACUCUUCGGCUUCAGAGUGUGGAGAGAGCACAGGGAUAGGAUUGUUGGUUUUCCUGGAAGAUACCACGCCUGGGACCUGAAUACCAAAACUAGUUGGUUGUACAACUCGAACUACAGCUGCGAGCUGAGCAUGGUGCUGACAGGGGCAGCCUUUCUGCACCGUCACUACCUCCACCUCUACUGGAAGUGGCUGCCGCAGGCCAUCAGGGACAAGGUAGACGAGUACAUGAACUGUGAAGACAUCGCCAUGAAUUUCUUGGUCAGCCACGUCACCAGAAAGCCUCCUGUAAAAGUUACUUCGCGGUGGACAUUCCGAUGUCCCGGCUGUCCUCAGAGCUUGUCUGAGGACGACACACAUUUCCAGGAGAGGCAUAAGUGCAUCAACUUCUUCUCACAGGUUUUUGGGUAUACUCCUCUACUGAACACCCAAUAUAGGGCGGAUUCGAUAUUAUUCAAGACGAGGAUUCCCCACGACAAACAAAAAUGCUUUAAAUUCAUUUGAGGAUCACCAAUAUCAAGUCAUUUCUCAACAGGUUCUGUACAAUUUGUAUAUUUUCUUACAAAAGUUUUUAAGUUACAAGUUUUAUUUAUUUGUAUAUUUUUAAUCAAUAUAAAUUGUGAUAACUCAUUAAGACUUUUUUAAUGUUUUUAUUGUGCCAUUUUUUGUAUCAAGUGUGUAAAUAAAAUAAACGUUGUUAACAAGA